GCCCACUGAGAAAAUUGAAGGUUGCAGGUGAAGUUCUUGGUCCGUUUCUUGUCGUGGUGAUCGUUCUUGUCAUCUACCGUAUUUAUAGCUCGAAUAAAAUGAAGAAAGAGGACCAAGUGAAGAUUGAAAGGUUCUUGGAGGACUAUAAGGCUCUUAAACCAGCAAGGUAUUCAUAUGUAGAUAUCAAGAAAAUUACAGACAGAUUUAGUGAAAAAUUAGGUGAAGGCUCCUAUGGUACCGUGUACAAAGGGAAGCUUUCAGAUGAUGUUUUUGUUGCUGUUAAGGUCCUCAAUAAUUCCAAAGGAGAUGGAGAUGGGGAAGAGUUUGUCAAUGAAAUGAGCACAAUUGGAAGCAUACACCACAUCAAUGUGGUCCGAUUGGUUGGCUAUUGCGCAGAUGGGUUCCAUCGAGCUCUUGUUUAUGAAUAUUUAGUGAAUAAUUCUCUUGAAAAGUUUGUAUUUUCACCAAAUGACACAAAUUUCCUUGGUUGGGAGAAAUUGCAGCAGAUAGCUCUCGGCAUAGCCAAAGGAGUUGAGUAUCUUCACCAAGGGUGUGAUCAAAGGAUACUACAUUUUGACAUUAAACCUCGUAACAUAUUGCUGGACCAGAAUUUCAACCCGAAAAUUUCUGAUUUCGGUCAAGCAAAAUUGUGCUCCAAGGAGAAGAGCAUUGUCUCCAUGACUGCUGCAAGAGGAACCAUGGGCUACAUAGCACCAGAAGUCUUCUCUCGCAACUUUGGGAAUGUCUCGUAUAAAUCAGACGUUUACAGUUUUGGAAUGCUUUUGCUGGAAGUGGUGGGGGGAAGGAAAAAGAGUGACAUUAGUGAAUCACCUGAAACAAGCCAAGCCCAAGACUAUUUCCCAGAUUGGAUUUACAAUAUCCUAAAUAGGGGAGAAGAAGUAGAGAUCCAAAUAGAGAAAGAGGAGGAUUCCAAAAUUGCAAAGAAACUGACAAUAGUGGGACUUUGGUGCAUUCAGUGGUAUCCAGUGGAUAGACCUUCAAUAAAGGUUGUGAUUCAAAUGCUUGAAGCUGAGGAGCCUCCCUCCAUGCCACCCAAUCCUUUUACUUCUACUGAUCCAUCAAAAGCUAAAGCUAACAAGCCAGGGAAACUCUUCACUAGUGGACUAGAAAUUAUAUCUGAAUUGGAAUGAAUAUCUCUUAUAAAAUAAUAUA